UACGGUUUAUUAGAGCACCAACUUCGACACCUCCUGAUUGGUUAGACUUUUGUUCCAGCAUGCAGCACCCAUAUUCCUCUUGCAUCCCACUCCGAGUCUCCACACCGUCUCGCCCCGCCCUCCUCGCCAAGGGACACCAUUGUUAGCAUCACCCUCAUCAUCCCCAUAAACCUUGCCUGAGUGCAGGUGGUUUGCAUCACCAUAUCAGACCCAUGGAGCUUUCAUUGUUACCACAACCAUCUCCCACCGGGUCACCCGGGUAUCCCAACCAGGUUCACUCCAUCAUCAACCAGCUGAGGCGCCACCGCCUUGGGGAUGCCUUUGGAGGUCUAUUGGACCUUGGCGACCAGAUGGAUGGGGUUGUUGACAAGCUUCACGUCCUUAUCAACCUCUCCCAACUAGACCGCCUCUUCGCAGCCAUAUCUCGCCACUCGGCGUACGGUAUCUACGAUGCGGUGGACCAUGUCAUUCACAGGUUGUUGUACGUUGCAGUACGCACCUGUCAGGCAUUGGAAGCGGCCCAGACCUCGCCGGCGACCAAUGGAGUGGGCUGGUUGUCAACCGUUCAGUCCGAGGUCCACGAACUCCUGGAAGUCUGCCGCAACUUUUUCAGCUACAUCACCAGUCACCCCGCCGGUCGACAGUCACGAGACCGGACCUUGGGAUUGGCUCAGCGACUCCUACAAAGGACUUGUCCUAGGAUCAACGGACUGUCAAAAUGGAGACACGUUAAGGAGGGACAUGCUAAGGACUCUGACGGGUCCGCCACUUGUGACCUACGGCCAUCCGUGUCGGUGCGGCCACUGCGGCGGCGGUCGGGCCGUUCGCACGUCCGGAAUCGAUCUGCACCAUCACGCCACCUGAAACGUCCCUUGCCUCUUUCCAUGCCAACACCGCCCUCCCAGACUGGCGAUGUCAGGUGUGCAGAAACCAUACCUACAUUACCGGCUCAUCGCCUGGGUAGAAUCAACGUCCUUCUCCCUACGCCGGAUACAAGCUAUCCAUUAUUCGACACCCUCGUACCAGGCGGAGUAUUACCGAAAGCCAGUAAAGGCCUGGGGGAGGAUGAUGCAAUACAAUUGUUGGCUGCAAGGCCUUUCAGAACCCCCGAGCUUGUGCCUCGGAUGUGGAUGGGUAAAAGCAGUACUGCUUCACGGGCGAUUGACCACAUGGCCGAGACUCGGAUAUUCGGGUUCAGAUUACGGCCCGAGCAUCCCUUUCUGUCGAGAUGUUGUUCCUUUAGGACACCUUCAGUACGGUAUUGGACAACCUAGGUACGGAUCAGGAUGGUGGGUUGCUGAGCUUUGGGCAGGUUCACGUCAUAUAUACACCACGUUAUCCCUGUUCCCGCCCGUCAAAGCGUACAGACUCAUGAGCAUAUCAAUCAACUCGGCGAGCGAUUGUGAGCCCAACUCUCGCAGACAACGAGUUGGCGCCCGAUGAAGACUCGUGGUCCCGGUGGAUCCACAAGAUC